AUGUCCUCUUCCAGUGGAGUUAGACCCAAUGCCGAGUGUCUCAGUGCUUUUCAGGAGUUGAAGAUCGGCAAGAAGUACAAGUACAUUAUCUACAAGCUUACAGGCGACGAGAUUACUGUUGCUGAUAAGGCUGAAACCGCCACAUACGACCAGUUCCUGGAACAACUUCCCCAAAACGACUGCCUUUGGGCCGUUUAUGAUUUUGACUACAAGACCAGUGAGGGCGGCGAUCGUAGCAAGAUUAUCUUCUUUAGCUGGUCUCCUGAUAAUGCCUCGGUCAAGCCCAAGAUGUUGUACGCUUCCAGCAAGGACGCCCUCCGCAGAUCCUUAAAUGGUAUUGCAACCGAGAUUCAGGGUACUGAUUAUAGCGAGGUUGCCUAUGAAACUGUUCUUGAGAAGGUUACUCGUUAA